UUAAUCCCAUCAGCGGGAUGGAUGAUGAAUAGCGGCGUGGUCGUCUGUGUGAAACAGGCUGCAAAAACAAGCUCCUUUCCCUUUUUAUGAAUGAACGCUGGGUCCCAUGAUCCGGCCAGCCAAUGAGCAGCUCGCACCUGCACCCCCUUUGCAGCUCUGCAGCAACAAGAGGUCACUACACUUGAAAACGUGGAGGGAAGAGCGGAGCGCACAGCAGCGACAGCCCGCAGCAGCUUCACACGGAUCCAGCAGGCCUUCAUACGCACAUACAGAGACACCAGAGAGGGGCUCCUUGUUCCAUCAACAGACCGCGAUGCCGCUGAAUAACGGCAACACCGUGGCCGUGGAGAGACGCAUGGAUCUGGCCUCGCUCUUCUGCAUGAUCGGGCGGCACGGUCCCGCCGUGGCUCUGGCUGUCAUAGCGAUGGUGUCCGUGCUGGCGGGUUUCAUCAUCUACCGGACCGUGAGGGGGAAGCGGAGGAAGGCCACAGCCGCAGCCGGAGACGGAGACGGGAGGAGCGCCGGAGCGGAGAUAGACGCAGCGAUGGUCCAGCCGAGCCCGGAGGAAUCCCGCAGCUCCGUGGAGUCAACAGACGUGAGUGAUGAAGGCUUAUCAGAUGUGAAAGAAGAUGUUGAGCUGAUUCAGAGUGAUCUCAAAAUCAGGCACCGCCGUGCUGCAGCUGCUGCUGCUGAGAAAAAAUCUCCACCUUAUUCUCCUCCCAAGAGUGACAUCCAAGUACCAGACAUCAAGCACACUGCUUCAGCUCACACAGAAGAAAUGCAUACAGAGAUGUAUGCAGAAGAGGCCAGUCAGGGCCUGCAAAGUGAUACUUACACAGUGGCUGAAAUGGUGGAUGAGGAUGCAGUUGAUUGCCACCAGGGUGCAACAGAUGGCAUUGUUGAGGAUGUGAUAGAAGAGGGCCGUGAUAAUGAUAGCUGCUUGGAGGAGUCUGAGCCGAUUAAUGAUGAGAACCAUGAGGAAGAAGAGAAGGUGUUAAAGGGAGAAUGCCAGGAAGAUGAGGAUGUGACCACAGACAAGGAUGUUUCAAACAAGACCAAACAAGAGGAGGAAAACUUUGAGUGUGCUUUGAACAAUCCAGUGUGCUGCGAACAAGCCCCUCAUAUGGGUGAAAAGGGUGAUGAAGACAGACAACAACAUAAUAACACCACACUGAAAACAAAUUGGGUGGAAUCCACCUCGGAGGAGCCAGUCAUUUAUACUGAAGAUGUACCUGUUUCUUGCAUCUCUUAUAGCAAAGAUGAGAAGUUUGAGGAAGAGAAUCCACAUAGUAUUGAUUACUAUAAUUAUUCCUACAAAAAAGAAGUUUCUCCAGAGGAGGAAAAGAAAAAUGAAGGUGAGGAGGCCGUAGAAGAGUGUGAAGAAUUCAAGGUAAUUGCUCAACAAGGUGAGAUGUGGUCCUCAACAUUUGAAAAAGAAACAAACCUGCCAUCUACAGAGCAAGACCUGUGUGACCAUGUAAUGGACAAGGUGACACCGCUUUGUCGGGAUAGUGAUUGGGAUGAAGAUGGUCGUCUUGCUGCUGAGAGAUAUGGCGACCACUUGCCGCAGUUCAACAAGCAAGAAGCAGUGAUCGAACAAAAGGAGGAAAUUGGUCUUAAGUAUAUUAAAGAGGACAGUGUUCUUUAUGAUGGUGCUGAUCAAGUAAACGAGAAUAUGCUGACUAGUGACAACAUUGUUGUCUGUGGUGAAGAACAUGACAGUUCAAGUGUGGCACUACCCUGUUUGAGCGUACCUAUAAAGGUUGAGAAUCAAGACGAUAAGAUAAAAGAAGAUAGAGCUAUUUUAUCUCUGGAUGAAGAUACUGAUUCUACUACUCCUGGCCCUCAAAUGCCAUCACAUGAGACAGAAGAUUUGCCUGAAAACAGUGGAAAUGGCACAACCGUGGUGUUGGCUGAAGAAUGCAAUGACCAACUGUAUGACCCCCAUAUUCAAUCUUGCUUCAAUGACCAACAAAGUGUCCAAAUGAUGAAUGACGUUUUUGACAAGGCAAGUGUCGCUGCUGAUCCUGAUACAGCUGAAAGCAUAACUGCUUCUGUAAUAACUGAAGAAAUAUCUUGUCCUAACCUGCCAUCUAUUUGCCAAGACCAACAAAGUGACCACAUGGAAAAUAAUGAAACUUUUGAUGAGAUAUGGGUUAAUUCUGCCACAGAUGCACCCGCCUGUGAUAAUGCCAACAUUGUCCCACCUAGAAUGUCUGAAGAAAUAUAUCAUCCUGACAUGUCUUCCUCCCAAGACCAACAAAGUGACCAAACAAAAAACAAUGGAGAUUUUUCAGAAGUUACCACUGGUACUGCUCCUGUCAUGACUAAGGACAUUAGCCCUCCCAUGUGUCAAAUUCACUUGCUGUCUUUCGAGCAAAGUGAGCUGAGGGAUAAUGACAUAUCAUCUCCUGGUGUUGGCGAAGAGAGUGGGAUUUCAAGCAUGGCUGUCAGCCCUGACUUGCAGGAUCCUGGUAAGGAGUUUGAUAUGACCGUUGAAAAUAUGGCACUUCCGGUGAUUGAUUGUGAUCUACUGCCCAAGGGACAGACAGAGGCUCAAAACAGCAUAUUUGCUGAUGAUGUAGCUAUAUCUGUCAUUGAAGAAGAUACAGUAGGUAGAGUGUUCGGGCCUUACCCUUCCCAGCCACCCCACAGUGAGCACACAGAUUGGACUACUUAUGAAUCAUUUGCAGCCAAUGAGGACAUGUUUGGCCAUGAGAUUGAAGAUAGUUACCACAGAGAGAUGGAUCAAUUUACAGCUCAGAUUGCAGCCAGCAUUACUAGCUUAACUGAUGAGCUGAAAAUACAGACCGACAUGAAAGCUGUUGUUGAAGUCGUAGAGAUUAAAGAGAAGAAGGCAGGAGUCAUUGUUGAAAAGAAAGAGGAAACAAAAGCAGAGGAGGAGGAGGAAGAGGACAAUGAAAAGACUGAAAUCAGUAUCAUGGAGGCAACUAUGGACAAUAACGAAUGGAUCACGGAGAGUAACUUCCAAGUCCUUCCCUGGAUGAAGCUUUCUCCCCCAUCUUUUUCCCAAGAACACACAAAAACCAGCCAGCUUCCCACCGAAGACAGCCAAUGCAGCUCAGCUGUAACAGACACCACUUGUACAGAUACAUCAGAUACCCCCCCUUCCACUGAAGUCAAAGAAAACAACACCCUCUCCCUAGUUGACGAAAGCAUGGGAAACAACAAGAAGGUUGUGGCAGUCCAGCCCAUGCCCCAGAACGUCAACGUGACCUUCUGUGUCCAUUAUUUUACCCAAUCACCAUACCAGACGGUGGCUGUCACAGGGAAUCUGCAGGAGCUGGGAAACUGGAAGGGAUUCGUCCCGUUAGAGAGAUCCAAGGAUGGGCACUGGGCCACGGUGGUCAGCCUGCCCGCAGAGAGCCAUGUGGAGUGGAAGUUUGUAGUAGUUGACAAGGGUGAGGUUUGUCGCUGGGAGGAAUGUGGCAACCGCCUCCUUGAUACGGGUUUUGGAGAUGACCUGCUUGUGCAAAAAUGGUGGGGACUCUUUUAAGAGGUGAGGUGAAAGGAAUAUUGUGAAUGAUAUGUACAGUAAGCUUUGGUACUGGACACUGGACCAGGUAAAAGUCAAGUAUUUCUACAGCCCAUCACAAGACCCACAUGAUGAUCCAGUAUAUUAAAUGUCACCUAGGACCCUUUUGUACUGUAUCACAAUAUUAUGAAUACAUACUUGUAAGAUUUGGUAAAUUUGGGGGACAAAACACAUCUAGAGGUCAAGGAUAACAACUGGGUUUAAUAUCAAGGUAACUAACCAAUGUUUCAGCAACAAUUAAGAUCAAUUGGAUAUUUUUUUAAGCAAAAAGCUGGAGUUUUGGUCGGACAAAAGCAAUUUAGAGAUGUCACCUGAUCUUGAUAGGCCUUUUUAAUCACUGUCUGACACUGUAUUGACUAAAGUUAAUCAGUCAUUAAAACAAUUGCUGCAGCACUAUUAUGUUUCAACAUGUAGUUAGAACCUAAUUCACACUGAAAGAGUUUUACAAUUAUCUUUUAAAUUUUAACCAUAUUUAGACCAGAUGUCUAGACAUAUUUUGACCUGCAAAUUCCAACAACAUGAUUACUGGGAUAAAGCAUCGUCGAAUGGGACUUUUCUUAGAGGAUUUCUCUCUAAUAGCCAAUUAUUAGGUGGAUCUUUCAGGGAACUGAAAAGAUUGCCAUCAGAAGACAGAAGUAAAUCGUCUUUCUUCUUCUUCUUCUUAUGCAAACUGCACCCUUUUAAAAAGUGGGUGAUUUAAUGCAAGUGUUUAAUUUGUAUAAAGUGAGACAUUAUUCUACUGUCUAUAUGCUGCUUAAAUAACCCCCAAAAAUCUAUGAGAAUAAAUGCACAUAGUUCACUUUUACUACAGCAAUAUCAAAGCAAUAAUUGUUCUGUUUUCAGUAUGACUGGUGUUUUAUCAGGUAUUCUAUUGUGUUUACCACUAAACUGUGAUAUAGUUGUAACUUUGAUGCUGCUUUUAUCUUGUGGGACUUUGCAUGCAAGAUUGUCCCAUUGUUGUUCUAUGAAUGUGCCUUUUAAACAUGUUUUUCUAUUAAUGUGUUACAAUGCAUCAAAACAGUGUGGCUUGUCUUUUUAAACACCUUUGCUGGGCAUCAUUUUCUCUGUUUCACUACAACUUUAAGUGAAUUAGUUACAGUAUAUUCAUUAUUUUCUCAGAACUGAUGCUGUCAGUUUAUUUUCUUGUUGUUUCAUUACUUUAUUAGUGUCAAAUAUAGUAUAUAUACCUUAGAUAAUAUCAGAGUAUCUUAUUAUGCAAAAUUGUGAUGAUAAUGCAGUUAUUGAUUGUCAUUAAGGUGGAGUUGGUGACCAAAUAAACAAGUCUUCUGUCACGAGUA